CUUCCUUUUAGUUUUUGGACUCAAAAAGCAGUAAACAAUGGGUCGUGUCCGAACAAAGACAGUAAAAAAGGCGUCCAAGCUCAUCAUUGAGAAAUAUUAUUCACGCCUAACUCUCGACUUCCAAACCAACAAAAAGAUUUGUGAUGAAGUCGCGAUUAUUGCAUCCAAGAGACUUCGUAAUAAAAUAGCAGGUUUCACUACGCAUUUAAUGAAACGUAUUCAACGUGGACCUGUGCGUGGUAUUUCUUUCAAAUUACAAGAGGAGGAACGCGAGAGAAAAGAUAAUUAUGUUCCUGAAGUAUCUGCUUUAUCUGUCGAAACUAUUGAAAUUGAUCCUGAUACCAAGGAUCUUCUUAAAGCUAUGAAUUUUGAUAACUUGAGCGGCGUUACUGUUACAGCUCCAGUUGCUUUGAAUGCACUUGCUGAACGUCCAGGGCGUGGUCAAAGAGGUGGCCGAGGUGGUGGCGGCGGCGGCGAUCGCCCACCUCGUCAACAAGCUGAAUCUUAAUUAAUAAAAUUUUAUAUUUAUAAUUUUUUAAUGAAUAGGAUGACUCUUUUUUUGUUAUGACUUUUACUUAGUAAAGUUAUUUGAAAUCAUAAGUUUAUAAUUUUAAUAUUAAAAAAUUUUGAGCAUGUAUUAUAAUUUUAUAAACAAACUAAAAUCAAUUUAUUGUAUGUAAAUAAAUGCUCAUAUGAACUUCGCUUAGAUUU